AUCCGGUAGAUUCGUUUCACUGCAGGCGAAGAAGAAACGCGCAGCGGCCACAUGUGAUGUGAAUGUUCAGAGGCAGAAAAACAUGGUGGAGACGAGUGAUAUCCGCGUGGUUCGCUGCGGCGGCAGCAAAGUAAACCUUACACCUCCGAUCAUCUCCAGCGACUCCAGGUUUGUGUUGUGUGCCUCUGGGGAUUUAGUGAAGGUCUAUAGCACACGCACAGAAGAGUGGCUCCACAGUCUGCAGGGCCACACCAACCAAGUGACCGGCAUCACUUUGAAUCCUGCCAACCACCUGCAGGUUUACUCUUGCUCAGUAGAUGGCACUGUUAAAUUAUGGGACUUCAUUGACGGCAUCCUUAUCAAGACAUUUGUCAUCGGAUGCCCUUUGUUUGCAAUAUAUGUGUCCGAGAAACACACGGGAGUACUUUUUCUUCAUGUUUCAAUGGCUACAGAUUCCAAAAAUGAGUGUUUCCAGUUGGUUUCCGUACAUCUGCCCAAGUCAGCAGAGCAGGAGGUGGAGGCCAAAGAGAUGUCUGCUGUUUCCAGUCAUAUCAGCAAAAACCCCAGCUGCACGGCCUUCGGUAGAGGGGGGGAAUACAUAGCAUUUGCCAGGCAUCUCCAACUUAAUGUGUAUUUCUUCAGGAAGCAGAAGACAUACAGUUUUUCUUUAAAAGCCACAGAUAAGAAAGGAGCCAAAAACGCAUUCACAUGCAUAGCCUGUCACCCAACAGACGACUGCAUCGCCACGGGUCAUGAAGACGGAAAGAUCCGCCUUUGGAGAAACUUCAUUCACAAAAAAGAGUACACAUAUUCCACCCAGCACUGGCAUCACAAUGCUGUGAACACUUUGUGUUUUACUCCAGAAGGCACUCAUCUGCUGAGUGGAGGCAUUGAGUCAGUGCUUGUCCAGUGGCAGUAUGGGGCAGACAACAGAAAAGAGUUCCUGCCGCGUCUCGGAGGAUCUAUAUUACAUAUAUCAGCAUCCUCUGAUGGCCAGUUGUUUUGCACCUCUCAUUCAGACAACAAGAUCACAGUUAUUGAGAGCAGCUUCAAAGUGUGUGGAGUAAUUCAGGGUUUAGUCAAAGGAGAUGCUGUUUUGACUGAUCUAAUGAUUGACCCGCGCAGUAAAGCUUUAGUGCUGAAUGGGAAACCGGGUCAUUUACAGUUCUACUCGCUGCUGCGUGACAAGCAUCUCUACAAUCUGGACAUAGUGCAGCAGGAAUAUAUUUAUGAAGCGGGUCUGGAUCAGUUUGAAGUGGUGAAGGCUGCUUUUGACAUAAAAGGGUCCUGGCUUGCUACAGUGGAGGAAAGGGGAAAAAAAUCCUCUGAUCUUGAGUUUUUCCUCAAACUGUGGGCUUUUGAUGAAAGAACGCAAAGUUUCGUACUGAACACUACCAUCACUGCCGCCCACACGGAUCGGAUUAUAUCCAUGUGCUUCAGCUCUUCUGAGGAGACCACCAUGCUGGUGACCGCAGCAGAAGACAGCCAGUUCAAAGCAUGGUGUCAGGGUGCUGACGCGGACACACAACAGGACCAGAACUUCUGGUCAUGUGAUUUUGUGGGCAGCUACCAUAAACUAAAUCCCACAAACUGCAGUUUCUCAGCCGAUAGCUCUCUCCUGGCAGUGAGCUUCCAAGAAGUCAUUACCAUAUGGAGCCCAGACACCUGGGAGAUGCUCACCACCCUCUGCCAACCACCUGGAGUAAUAAGGGACCUUUGUUUCGGCCGGUUAAGCUGCUCCAAAUACUUGCUUGGCACAACCACCAAAAACCUUCUCUGCUGCUGGAAUCUCCUCACUUGUGAAUUGGAGUGGAGCACAUCUGUGGACGUUUCCAAGCUGCAGCCAGACCCCUUUUCAGAAAAUGUGGCCGCCUUUUCAUACCAGUCUAAACAUACAGACCUGUUUGUUUUCAAACCCAGCGAGCCACGGCCUCUGUUCACCAAUAAGAAUGUGUGUUCAGAGAAGGUACACCGUGCCGUCUUUGUUCCUCGAGAAGAGCCGUUGAACAGUUGUGAUGAAAGUACUCAGUGGCUCAACAGAUCUCAGCUGUACUUCCUCACCCAAAAUAUGGAUUUAUUGACCUUCAGCACAGCAACAGAGGAGGACAGAAUGUUGUCUUCAAGUAAACAGCUUGUCAUUGAUGACAGUGUUGCUGUAACACCAUUUUACCUGCUGUUGGGCAAACACAGACAACAGCAGCAGAAACUCAACACACAGUCCCAUCCAGCGGCUGACAAACCCCAACAGACACAGGGCUCCGUUACCAUCAAAGAAUUGUUACACACACCAGCUCAUGUUCUGCCUGCUGCGUCAGUCCUGUGCUCAAUGUUUGUCAAUUCCUUCCUGAUCUCCAACACUGGAGUCCAGCAAGACCCCCUCAGAGAGGAAAUGGACAGUGAGAAAGAGGAAGAGGACUCUGAGGAGGAAAUGGAGGCAUGUGAUAGUCAGCAGGAGCUCAGAGCCCAGGGUUCAGUGGAUGAGGUGACCCCGAAGCUUUCUAAAGCACAAGAGAGGGAACUGAAGAGGGUCAGAAAGACUGACUUUAGCUGGAUGGCUGGCCUCAUUGACUCCAAACCGUGAUGAAGCAAUUUCACAAUCCUGUCAAUGUGUGGUGGUGUUUUGUGUUUUUUAUUCUUCCCAACUUGCUUCAGAUCCAAACCAGUGGUUGGUUAGCAAUUUUUUAUUUGGACUGCAGUAGCCCAUUAGUGGUUUGAUGAUUCUUUUUGAGACAACAAAGCUAUUUUGUAACUCUGAAUGUCAGUAUAAUGUUCAUCCAGUUUGUAUCAACAAUAAUUUAUAAAGAAGUUUUUGAACAAUGUA